AUGCCGACCCUAGCACAAAAACUCUCCAAGCCCUUCGUCGACAUAUCCGUCCUGGUAUGGGACUUCAACCUCUUCCUCCUCAACCUGCUUCUCCCCUCCCAACCAUCCACAGACGUCGUCCCUUCCUCUGCCCCCGGCGCCCACGGCCACUGGGGCACCUACACGCCGCCCGGCCCCGACGACUCGCGCUCCGCCUGCCCGAUGCUCAAUGCGCUCGCCAACCACUCCAUCCUCCCGCACUCCGGUAAGAACAUCUCCUUCCGGCAGCUCAACACCACCGUGCGCCAAUCCUUCAACUUCGCCCCGAGCUUCUGCUUCUUCGUGCCCAACUUCGCCGCAAACUUUCUGUCACGCAGCUAUUGGACGGGCACGUUUGACCUCGCCGAGCUGAGCAAGCAUAAUGCGAUUGAGCAUGAUGCGAGCUUGACGAGGAGGGAUGCGGCGGAGGUCAGCGAUCAGGGGAAGCCGGAUUUGGAGCUUGUAAAGGAGUUGUUGGACGCGGCGACGGGGGAGGGCGGGAAGAGGCUCACCAAGGGUGAUUUGUCGCGCAUUUUGGCGAAGAGGAGAUUGGAGUGUAGGGCGAAUAAUGAGGCGUACAGUGAGAGUUUGUUUCACAAUGGAUUCGGGAGCGCGAACUCUUCUACUAUGCUGACGAUAUUCGGCGGGGACGUGGAUGAUCUCAGACCUAUGCUUACCGAAGAGCGAUUCGUGGAGGGCUGGCAGCCGCGGAUUUUGAGCCGCUUUGGCCUUACGAUGGCGGCAUUCAACGGGACGGUUUUGCCGGUUGAGCUGGGUGUCAAAAGGGCGAAGAUCGAGUAGGAAGAGGUCAAGCACGUGUAAUAUGCUAUCUGGAUCAAAAGGUCGUCUCAGAAAUCCCGGCAUUCCUAGAAACGCAUAAAGAGAUCAAGUUUCGAGCAUUUGCCAGAGAUGUACACAGACUAGCUUAUAUGCUCGCACGCAUCAUGUAGUAUAUCGAACCCCGUUUCUCC